UGCUGCACUAUAAGUCACGUCAGGCCAGAGCUGGUGUGUUGAAGAAUGACGCAUCUUUUAGGUCGUCAGGACUGUAUCGACAGUCUUCGGAGAGAUCUUAUUGACCUACAGGGAGGAAUUCUGGAUGUUUUCUCUGAGACUGGACCUGUACUUUUCCCAUCAUGGAAGUUUCCGGGUAAACUGUCAUGUAAUCUGGACCUGGUCAAGCUUUUAGAGGAAUAUGAUUAUGAAGAUGGCGAGGAAGAGUUUAGUCAGCAUUCACACAUAGUUUUGCUAGAGUUGGUGGUUGACAGAUUAAUGCUUCUUCUUCAGAGUUUUAAUGUUCACGCUGAGCUUUUGCUUGGGAAGCAGAGACCUUCAUCGUCUGGUCAAAAUGGGGCUCCUGUUUCCGUUGGUCCGGUGGUCAAACUUUACUGGAAGAACCUACUUGAACUCAGUAAUCAAUAUGUACAAAGGAGCACCAGUAAUAUGUGUGAACAAAGUCCUCCGUCUCCAUCUGGAAUAGCACCCAACACUCCUGCCAUUAAUACACACAGGACACAGAGAACAUCCAUGACCAGCAUCCACAAAACCAGUUCAAACACCCCAGCUUCCACUUCCCACAGCAGAAGAGCAUCCGCCGCAUGUUCCUCCGUGUCAUACAUCUCACCAUCUACCUGCACUGUGAGCUGUCAGACAACAGAGUCAAAGCUAGUGCCCUGUGAGGCCUGUAUUUGUCUCCAGGCGGGUAUGAGAGAAACAGGUGAAGCUGUAGUAUCUCUGUGCCAGUCUUUGGGUUUGCCCUGCUCCCUGAAGGACCUCCUGGUGACUGUAGAGGAGCAACUGAAGCUGGGUCACUUAUCUGCAUGUGACGUUUCCCAGUGGGCGAGUGAGCAGCGUAGAGAUAUGAGCCGUGUGGGAAAACAUGUCCUGGAGGUGAGGGAAACUGUGGAGCCCCUGAAAAAGAAACUCAAAGAGACAGAGACUGAACGAGAGAAGCUGAGAAAGCAGAUGUCAGAGACAGUUAACAGAGAAAAGGAGCAGAGGAGGAAAAUGGAGGAGGAGUGGAAAAACACAACACAGGAGGUGAAAGCCACAGGUGAAGGAGCAGUGAGGAAACUAAAGCAGGAGCAGGAGGAGUUAAAGAGAGGUGUGAUGUUGUUAGAGGACAAAAAUACUGAAUUGACAGCAGAGCUGAAUUCGCAAACAGAAGCAAAACAGAGUCUCGAAUGUGAGAGAGCUUCACUGCAGGAGGAAGUUCUCCGUCUCCAUUCACUGGAAACAAUGUUAAGAGAGGUGAAGGAAAGGAGGGAAAACCUGGAGAACGAGCUCAGAAGUACACAAGCACUGCUAGACAAAGAGAGAGCCAAGUCCUAUAGUGUUCAACGCCAGCAUGAGGCACUACAGGUGAAACAACAUGCUCUGUGUAAGCGUGUAGAGGUCCUGGUUCAGCAGACCGAUGAUCUACAGAGCAGUCUCGAAGAAUGUGAGGAUGAAAAAGUUGAGCUUGCUGAUAAACUCAAACAGAUUAUGCAAGAAAAAGACACAAUUCAGGAGCAACUCACUCAGCAACAGUCCGAGUGUAGUUCACUGUGUGUGGAGAAAGAGAAACAGCAAGUACAAAUCACAGAACUGGAGAAGCGCGUUUCUAAUCUGACAGAGAUGCUGGAACAAGCUGCCCAGAGAGAGAGAAUACUGGUGGCCUUUCCUGAACUAAACCCUCAUCCACAAGCAACACCACAGACUACAGGUGAUGUGAUGUGUGAUAUGGAGCAACAGCUGAAGGCUAAUCUACUGAGGAUGAGAGUUCUUCAGCAGGAGAACGCCUCCCUGAGCAGCAGUCUUGCCAGACUAAAAGACAUUCAAAGCGACAAACAUAGAUCUGUGGAGUCUGGAGAUGCAGAGAUGGACAGUGGCGGUGAAGCUGCAGAGAUGAGACCCUCGGACAACUCCACUCCAACCUCCUCCUCCUCCAUUCUUCAUCAUCAGACUCUCUGCCUCUCUCUUAAUCGAGAUGCAGAAGAAACAUAUAUGAAAAUCCGCCAUGCCGCUCGCAUUCGGUCUGCUGGCACACGCCGUCGGAGGAAGUGAUGUCACUUGGAUUGAUGUGGCUUGUAUAUUGGUUAAAAAAUGGAAGAACUAAUCUUAGGAGUCAAGAGAUUUUGCUUGCACUGGAAACACUCAUUGCUCGUUUCAGCCCAUUGGUGAUGCAAAACGAAACUGAAAUUUAUAGAUUUACAGGUUGUAAAUAUACAGUUAUAUUGACUGUAUGUCUUUAAUUUAGUUAAUGUUAUAUUGUGUUGCUUUAUGUUAAAUGUGGCUAGCACUCACUCGACAGAUUUUUCUUCUGACCUUCCUGUUGUUAAUAAAACCGAAAGUAAAAAUGCUCUGCCACGUCACAUAGCGGGUUUGAUUUUUGUUCCCGCGAUUUUAGAAAUUUGAAUCGGACCAAUCUGCGCAAUACGGACAUGCUGUGCACCUUGCGCUCGUGCAGCCUGGUUCUUCUUUUAAUAAUACGUUUAUAGCGUAGUUUGACGUAGUCUUAAUACAGGAGUGGUUUUCAUUGUGUGGAUUCUGCACGAAACUUGCUCCUCACCCAAGCAGACGCAUUGCGCAGUAAAAUGGCGAGGAAAUCUGCGAAAAGAUCUAAAAACAAACUACCAUCAGGAUGUCUGUCUAAAAGGACAAAAGGCUCUCCAGCUGAAGAGGACCCAGAAUCAGAAAACAUACCUCCAUGUUCAACUCCAAUACAUGAUAAAUCUGAAAGGGAUAUAAAGGCAGUAUUAGCCUGUCAAACUCCUUCACACCUGAAUAUCACUGCUGCAGCAGAUCAUGGAAGUCCAGUCACAGCUCCAACAAUUACCAACACAAGUGUGACAGGAAACUUAACCAUAAAUCAGAACUUUACUAUGGUCUUGCCGAAUAACUCUGGGAAUAAACAUUUGGCUCAGCAACUCAUAAAUGUAAAAGAUGGGGCGGAUGAACGUCGGAUGCUUUCAUGCAAGAGUGAAUAGUAGUAUCCUUCAAAAAUCCAUAAGCCCUCAGACUUUGCAUCGCCGACGGUGUUUGGACUUUGCAGAGGAUGUUGAUCAACCUACCUUAACUCUUGCAGAGGUGAAAAAGAACACAAAUCACUUAAGAGAGAUUACUGUUGAUGGGAAGAUCUUAGAGACACGACCUACAAACAACAUUUUAAUCAGUGAAGAAGAGAUGACCUAUUCUCACUAUGCCCUUUGUGACAAUACUGCAACAGUCCCUUUGAUUUUGUUGGAUACAUUUACCAUAAACCUCGAUCAGUGGUAUACAUUUAAAAGUAUUUCUAUUUGUGACUUUGGUCAGGGGAAUGUGCUCUGUUCAACCGAGCUCACAACACUCGAGUCAUUUACUCCUGUGGAACACACCGUACAGGAGCCAGAGGAGACGGUCAUAUCUGGAGAGAUCACUGGGGUGUUAGUGACCUUUGAAUAUUUGUGUUCGUGUGAUGCCGUACUCCUUCUGCCGGACACUAAACUGUUUCACAUUAAAUGCAAUGAGUGCAAAAAGAGCUGCAGGUGUGCAAGCGUUCGGAACAGGGCCAAGGCUGAAGUAACCAUCAAACAGGCUUCUGGAACAGAGCAGAUGGUCGUGUUAAAUGAUGCACUGCUGCACUCCAUUGACACAUUUAAGAAAGAGGGAUUCUGUGACAGUCACCGGCUAGAGGAGAGACUUCUGAGAGCAAAAACAGUGACCGUGGUCUGUGUGGAUAGUGAACCGCAACGUGUACAAAUGGAUGCAUCAGAUAAAUCCAAAGGCAGUUUAAAAUUCUCUUUGUCCGGGUGGCAACACGCUUGUUUAAUCCUAUAAAGCCAUGUACUGUAGAAGCUGCAAAAAGAUGGAGGAGAAAAAUGGUCAUUUAUCUGUUUGUCUUUCUGUUUUAGGCAUUGUAAAGAAUUUAUUCCAAAUAGCUUUUGCAGGGUUCCCAACAUCAUGGAAAACUUGGACUUGGUCAGGGAAAAUGUCAUGGAGUGUUAUACUUGUGAUUUCAAGGUUUGGAAAAUUGAAAUUAUUAGUGAUACACUACUAGUAAUAGUCUGUUUAAGUAAAGCUUCAAUAUUUUAUUAGCUAGAAGUGGGUAUUAAUGACUUUCUGAAAUAGUGUUUUCACAGAAUUCAUGGAAAAUCAUGGAAAUGAUUGGUCACAAGUAAAAAAAAACCCUGUUAAUAGAAAUGAGUGACUUAGAAAUGGCUUUUCUUUUGGUUAAUAAUUUGGGUUACCCAUGAAUA